AGUGGAGAGUGUAUGUUGUGAUCGGAUAAACUCCAUUCGAAAACGAUAAAGAUAAGGGAUUUUGCAGACUCUGAACUGCGACUUAUUUCUGCAAAAUGGGAAACACUUCUUCGUUGCUCCUGAGGGAGGACGAAAUUGCCCAAAUCCAGGAGAAAACUGGAUUCACGCCAAACCAAAUUGAGCGUCUGUACAGCAGGUUCACCAGCUUGGACCGUGGAAAUUGCGGAACACUGAGUAGGGAGGACCUGCUGCGGAUUCCUGAGCUGGCGAUCAACCCCCUGGGCGACAGGAUCGUCCAUGCAUUUUUCCAGGAGGGCACUGGAGAUUCCUCUAUCAAUUUCCUUCAGUUCAUGCAGGUCUUGGCCCACUUCAGGCCAAUCAAGAAAAACAAAGACCUGAAGCUCAACUCCCGAGAGCAAAAACUGAAAUUUGCCUUUAAGAUGUACGAUCUUGAUAGCGAUGGCAAAAUAUCCAGAGACGAGCUGCUGGCAAUUUUGCAAAUGAUGGUUGGAUCCAACAUCAGUGAGGAACAACUCACCAGCAUAGCGGAACGAACAAUUUUUGAGGCUGAUCAGGACGGCGAUCAAAUGAUUUCGUUUGCUGAAUUUUGCAACGCCUUGGAACGUACUGAUGUGGAACAGAAAAUGUCGAUUCGAUUCCUGAAUUAAUUAGGUGUGCUUAUCUUUUUCCCAAGUUGCAUCGAUACUUUUGCCUAGUUAGAAGAGAGUAGUAAUAUAUACGAUUACCAGAGUUAGAUCCAGUCUAUACCCAAAGCAUAGUGAUUGUUACAUUUUCUAUAAUUUUAUUUUUAAUAAACAGUAGAGAAAAGAGUCCUGGUGACAGAUUGAAAUGAGACUUGAUUGUUAAAAGAAGUUUGUGAUAAUGAUCAUAUUAUGAUUUGAACAGGUAUAAAUAAAACCCUCAACUAUGUAUUUAUCUUCUAAAAA